GCCACCUUCAACUUCUGCCACCGCUCGGGUCUUGAGUGAAGCUCGUGUCAACAACGGCUAUUACAGUGCUGCCUGCGUUCAUGUUGUUGCGCAAAGCGGUCGUGUCAGUCCGUCAUGUGCGCUGCGUCCGUGGCCUCUCUAGCAGAGCCUCUAACAUCUUAGGUGCUCUGGAUAUACCAAACUCAUAUGAAGUACCAGGCGUGUAUGACGGAAGGUGGAAGGGAAGUGGUAAAACCCUUGAGAGCGUAUGUCCAACUACAGGCGAAGUACUGGCUCGCGUCCGAUCAGCCACUCCAGACGAACUCCGCGAGGCACUGGAGAAAUCCAAGGAUGCCCACAUCAUUCUCAGGAAAAUACCUGCGCCCAAUCGUGGCGAGAUUCUAAGACAGAUUAGGGAGGCUCUUGCAGCAAAGAGUGAUGUUCUUGGCGCACUGGUCUCUCUGGAAAUGGGAAAGAUUAAAACGGAGGGCGUCGGCGAGGUCCAAGAAUUCGUAGACAUCUGUGAUUACGCCGUCGGCUUAUCGCGCAUGAUGAAUGGCAGAGUCAUGGCCUCGGAACGGCCUGGGCACACCAUAUUGGAAGUACCUAAUCCGCUCGGAGUCGUUGGCGUAUUAACGGCAUUCAACUUUCCCGUCGCAGUGUACGGGUGGAACUUCUCUCUUUCUUUCGCAGCUGGAAAUGCAAACGUCUGGAAGCCUUCUCCCAGCACUCCUCUCUGUUCCAUUGCCGUAACAAAGAUCAUCGCGCAAGUUUUAGAGAAAAAUGGCAUCCCCGGCGCCGCGUCUGCUCUUGUGUCCGGGGGUAAGGAUGUUGGUGAAGCUCUCGUGGGGAGUCCAGACAUCCCGCUGGUAUCAUUCACGGGUAGUGAAGCUGUGGGCCGCGUUGUCGGCAAGGCUGUACAGUCUCGAUUUGGGAAGACAAUACUAGAACUGGGUGGAAACAAUGCGUCAAUCGUGAUGCCCGAUGCAGACUUGUCGAUGGCUGUACCCGCAGUCUUUUUUGGCGCUGUGGGCACUGCUGGCCAGCGUUACAUUGCUUCACGAUUUUUGGACGCGCUACAGAAGCUUUAUGCUUUGUUGAGAGUCGGCGACCCAUUGGUUGAGGGCACCUUACUAGGCCCUCUGCACACUCGUGCAGCUGUCGGGACUUAUGCUGAGGCCGUCCGGCAGCUCCGGGAACACGGGGCACGUAUUUUGACAGGUGUUGAACUUCGCCAGGGAAAUUUCGUUCAGCCGACCAUCGCAAUACCUAAACAUGUAGAUCCAGCGGAUGCUAUUUGGAGCACAGAGACCCUCUGGACCCAAAACAUGCGCAAUAUUGGCAAGUGGAUAGGCCCCGAGGGCUCUGACACAGGAAUAGUUAAUGUCAAUGUUGGCACAAGCGGUGCAGAGAUUGGGGCCGCGUUCGGUGGAAAUAAGCUGUUUCCUGACAAUUCACUUUUAUAUAGGGGCCGAGAAUCUGGCGGUGAUGCGUGGAAACAAUAUGUCCGAUGGAGCGCCUGCACUAUCAACUUCUCUGACGCUGCACCCCUAGCACAGGGGGUUGAUUUCUCGACAUGACGAGGGUCACUGCUGAGAAGGCUUAUUUAUCAGUAUGGGAGUCUGCUCAUUAAAUCAUCGGUAACCAAAUGUGGCCCUCGUUUACGUCAGCAUGUAAUUCACUGGACAAUUUACGGCUACACAGUGGCCACGAUGUGGAGUAACCCCGAUUCUGAGAUAUAUGUUGUUUAAUGAUUAGUCAUAAUGAGUCCAG